CGCUGUUCCAUGUCAAACCUGGAGUCCGUUGCAUUCAAUCGCGUAGUAGUCAACAUGGUGACCCUUAUUCUUACAGCUAUUGCAUCACUGCUGGCUGCGAUAGAAGCAGGAUCUGCGCCCUGCACUAGCCUCACUGUGCCUGACUUUCUAACUGCUGACACGACUCACUGCUAUGAUGAACAGCCUCUUGACAUCUGCACGCCGUACAAUGCAAACGACACGGAGAAAGUACGUGAACAAAUCAAUUGCACCAACUACGACGUCAACUACAAGGUCCUCGCCCUGACACUGGCCCUCGACGCUUCUGUGGCGGCAACUCUCCCAGAAGAAGACCGCAACCAAAGUUACGGUGUUACAGAGUUCAUUGUGCAGUGGUGUUCCAGUGGAUACGCUCUUCCAAGGCAUCUCUACAAUUACACAUGUGAAGAGUACUUGGCUAUGGUACCCGUUACCUGUGACGCUCCGGUUACCUUAAGUGUACCUGACGUCAACGGCCUCGGCAAGUACCCGGUUAUUCCCUACGUUUACGGUCUGUAA